UUCUUCUAACGCUUCUUCUCUGCAAGCUCCUCUGCAAGACCCAUUUAACUACCUCGCCACCAGAGUAUGGAUUGGUUGCUGAGAGCAAUCUCGGCGGUGGUCCAGCGUAGAGAGAGUGAGUGAGUGAGUGAUCGCUACACGGGGGCCACAAAGCGAGCUUUCUGUCAAGUUGCUUUUCGAUGUCCUGGUUCUAAGUCUCUCUUCAGGGUUGAAGGGACAGUUGGAGUGUUGUUUUCUCUGUGCCAUGCGGGGAAGUUCGUUUUCGACUGUGUUUUCAAUUUGGGUUGUUUGUUUGGUUCCUUUCUCGGAGUGAGCGGAGUUGUGGUGGGAAGUGAUAUAUCUCGCCAUGUAAGUUUGGCCUUGAGAGUUGUUGGAAGAGACGGCGACCAACCGCUUGAGAAACAUCAGGUUCUUGAUAGUGAAGCCUGUUCUUAUCUGUCGAGCAACGUGGGGGGGGGGGGGGGGGGGGUGAGCUUGGUUUAGAGUUAGUCGUGGUGGAUUUCGAGGGUCGGUCGUUUUGCGCAGUAGCGUUGUGCUUGGUCUGGCAAAUGGAUCACUGCGGCACUUCCUGUCGUUAAAUCAAAGUCGAUGUAAAGUUCUGAAGAAAUUUUUGAAGCUCUAUUGGAUACUUCUUUUGAAUUCAUUUGCCGCAGUAUCCAACCAAGAGAAGCAGGCAGUUCGUCGCGUUCUACACUCGUAAAAACACAAUCAUCGAAUUGCUCCAUUCAAUUUUAUAGAAUUUUCGUGUCAAGCUUACCCCAUAGCUACUAAAUUGGAGUCAAGCCUGAUCACUCGAAUUCCUGUGACUGAUACCUCGCCUCGUAGUGACGGUUUCUUAUCAAUCGGCAACUUUUCUCCGUAGCAUUGAACACAUACGGCGGGACAGUGACGCAGUUCCGUGAGGGGGUUGUAGUUCACAGUUGGUGUGCAUAUCUGACGAAGGGAAUGACUUCUCAUUGAACACCCACAAAACCAAGACCUUCCUUGGGCCGGUCUAUCACCGCGUGUACAUUGCAUGGAGUAGCACAACAGGCGCACUCAAGAAGCUCCGACUCAGCCGCGGGGCCAUUCUUCUUCUGCAAGGGCUAGCAUGGCAGCUAAGUACCGGCUACCUGACGUCCCCGAAAUGGCGCCGUAUGAGGAUUCGAAAGCUUUCUUAGCACCCGAGUCACCCCGCCACGGAUUUUGGAUACAACGGCUUGCCACCUACGUCGGUGAGUCGAAGGCAUGGAGUACCCAAGUGGGCGAUGCCAAGGUCCUUGGGCUCGCUUUUGGUUACUGCCUCUCCGCCUCCCUGCUCUCCAUCAUCAACAAAUGGGCCAUCAUGCAGUUCCCCUAUCCGGGCUCCCUCACAGCUAUUCAAUACUUCACAGCCGCGUUCGGCGUCUUCAUACUCGGCAAGCUUCAGAUUCUGACCCAUGACCCGCUCUCCUUGAGCACCAUGUGGAAAUUCCUCCCAGCCGCGAUCUGUUACUACUCAAGCCUGUUCACCAACAGCGAGCUCCUCCUCCACGCCAACGUCGACACAUUCAUCGUGUUCCGCUCCGCGAUACCCAUCUUCGUGGCCAUCGGCGAGACAAUCUUCCUCAAGCAGCCAUGGCCUUCCGUGAAAACGUGGUCGGCGCUCGGCACCAUCCUGGGUGGCUCCAUUCUCUACGUCUUCACGGACUCCCAGUUCACCGUCCACGCCUACGUCUGGGCCUUCUUGUACGUCGUGAGCAUGUCCAUCGAUUUCGUGUACGUGAAACACAUCGUCAUGACCGUGGGGCUCAACACUUGGGGAUUGGUGCUUUACAACAACCUGGAGGCGCUCCUCCUCUUCCCGAUCGAGCUCUUCGUCAUGGGCGAGGGUAAUCUCCUCAAAAAGCGCACGGAAGACGAAUCCCUCAACUGGCUCAGCAUCGAAAUGUGGUUCCCGGUGCUGCUUUCCUGCGCGUUUGGCUUCUCCAUCUCCUUUUUCGGAUUCUCGUGUCGGAGAGCGAUCUCCGCGACGGGGUUCACUGUGCUGGGGGUUGUUAACAAACUGCUGACAGUGGUGAUUAACCUAAUGAUCUGGACGAAGCAUGCGUCCGCGUUGGGUACCCUCGGGCUGCUUAUUUGCAUCUUCGGGGGGGUGUUUUACCAACAGUCCACGAUUAAACCCAAACCUGGUCCUGAGCCGGUGAAGGAGUUCAUCGCCUCAGGAGAUGACGAAGAAGUAGGCUGUCUAUCAAAUUGUAAAGGAGAUUCAGGGAAAGUAGAUCUUUUCACACAAGCGAAGUAGAGCAAACACCAGAUUGAGCGAGAGGAUGCAGAGGAUUCAGGCCCCUAGAGCUGCUUCCGCUAGAGUUCAUCAGAUGGCCUCUUUAUGAACACCGGAAGAGACACCCGAUGGGACGGAUUCCUGAACCCACCCAGUAGAAGAAGAUGAACAAGUGCUCUAGCCAUUCAUUCAAUAGCCACCCACUCAAAGUCCGGGACCUUAUUGAAACCGAGAACAACAACCAGAGAAACCCGUAAAUCCACCUCCCAGAGAGUUCAAACAACGAUUUGCUCUCUACACAUUCACAAGCACAGGAAGCAAAUUCGUUGAACGAAGUUCACUGUUUCUCAAAAACGACAACUGUAUUGUUGAAUGCAUAGUUCAAAACCUCCACAUUUUGAGCUUGUCAGGUGGGGAGCAACAACCAAAAUGAGACUGCAGCGGUGGAGCAGAAACUGAGCAAUCCACGAGGUGAUCACGGCGAGGGAGGGAGUUGUUCGAUCAGAUUUGCAGUUGUUGAUCAGACUUGUCAGUCCCAUUGUAGCAGCAAGCAGAUGAUGCAGCAUUGUAGAAAUACGCUGAAUGCUCACCAGAUUAUCAAUAUCAGGAUUGAAUCGUGUCUGGAUGCAAUUGAAAUAGUGCGAACUCCGGAUUUCUGUCUCGAAAUUUGCUUGUGAUCCGUGUUGAGCAGCACCACAUAUUAUCAGCACCACAUAUUGUCCAAAGACAAAGAGCUUUGAAGCAAUGUCCAAAUCA